AUUUUAGUCACGUGGAUAACAUGCUGUUUUCGACAAUUUAGGGUUAGCUAAAAAGCUAAUAUCAAUAUUUGUUGUAAUAAAUUUAUUAUUUAAAGAUGAUUGACGACGAUGAAAAGAAAAAAAUGAGAAAAAAACACAAAAAGGGACGACUUAUAAUCAGGAAUUUAUCAUUUAAGAUUACAGAAGAUACUCUGAAACAAAAAUUUUCAAAAUUUGGGAAUAUUAUAGACAUAAAAAUUCCAACAAAGCCAGAUGGAAAAAUGAGAGGCUUUGCAUUUGUUGAAUUUGAGAAAACAGCAUCUGCCAUCAAAGCUAUUAAUGGAUUGAAUGCAAAAGAAAUAUUAGGAAGACCUGUUGCAAUUGAUUUUGCAGUAGCAAAGGACAGAUAUCAGAAGUUAAUGUCACAGAAAAAUCAAACACACAGUAAUUUUAAUGUAGAAAAGGAAAAGACAUCCUCAGAAGAAGAAGAAAGUGAAGAACAAUCAACUAAGCUGGUUAGGAAAAAACGAAAGCUACAUGAAAGAGACCUUAAAAAUAAGAGUGAUUCUACAGAUAAUGAGGAAAGUGAAGAUGAAUCAGAAGAUGAAGAUAAAUCAGGAAAUGAUAGUGAAGAUGAGAGUUCAGAUGAUGAUGAAAGUUCAGUUUUAAAAGAGGAAGUAGAAGAAAGUCCACCAAAGAAGAAAAUAAAAACAGUAAAGCCACAAAGACCAAAUGAUGCUCAUGAAGGAAAGACUUUAUUUAUUAGAAAUUUAUCAUUUGAUACCACUGCAGAUAGCCUGAAGGAAGCUAUGUCUAAAUUUGGUGAAAUUAAAUAUUGUCUUCUCUGCAUUGAUAAAUUAACUGAUUAUCCUAAAGGAACUGCAUUUGUACAAUUCAUAAAUAAAGAAGAUGCAGAAAAAUGUUUAGCUGAAGUAAUGCAACCAGAUAAAAAUAUUAUUUUGGAUGGAAGAAGAUUAAAUGUGAGUCUGGCAAUUAGUCCUGAAGAUAUUAGAAAAAAUAAAGAAGAAAAACAGAAAAAAGGAAAAGACAACAGAAAUUUGAAGCUCUUAACAGAAGGAUUAAUAAGGGCUGGAUCUGAUGCUGCUAAGGGAGUAUCUCAAGCAGAUUUGAAAAAAAGAUUGGAGCUAGAAGCUUACAAGAAAAGGUUAUUGAAAAAUCUCCACUAUUUUAUUUCACCAGUGAGAUUAUGUGUUCAUAAUCUUCCUUCACAUGUGGAUGACAACAAACUCAAGAAAAUAUUUUUGAAAGCUGCUGGACCUCAAGCAAAAGUGAUAAGUGCUAAAGUUAUGAGAAAUCUUAAAAAUCUGGAUGAAAAAGGUGUUGGGAUAUCAAAAGGAUUUGGUUUUGUUGGUUUUACCAGACAUGAAGAUGCACUUCAAGCAUUACGGAAUCUGAAUAAUAAUCCUGAUAUAUUUACUCCAAAUAAGAAUAUUAUUUUGGAUGGAAGAAGAUUAAAUGUGAGUCUGGCAAUUAGUCCUGAAGAUAUUAGAAAAAAUAAAGAAGAAAAACAGAAAAAAGGAAAAGACAACAGAAAUUUGAAGCUCUUAACAGAAGGAUUAAUAAGGGCUGGAUCUGAUGCUGCUAAGGGAGUAUCUCAAGCAGAUUUGAAAAAAAGAUUGGAGUUUUCUUCAAAUAAAAAAGAAUCAUCUACAAAUUUAAACAUAAACAGGAUUAAAGUUCAAAAGCCAAGUCAUUCAAAGGAAAAAACUAAAAUGAAAAAAAAUAAAGGAAAGCCAAAGCUGCAUAAACAAAAAUUAAAAAAAGGAAAGAAGAAUUUUAAGCAAGCUCACAUGGUUUAUUAGGAAUGAAAAAGAUUUAAUA